AUGAUGUGCAGCAUACUGCCCUGCAUCUUAUGUUGCUUUCUCGUUCUUGUGGAGGUCGUCUCUUUCUCGGCUCCUAAUAUUUCGCCUGCCACGAAUUGCAAGAAUGAAUUUUUUUCCUGGAAACAGCAACAGAUCCGGUAUCAACAAGCUGGUCCAAAGUCCGGUCCACCAGUACUCUUGGUUCAUGGUCUCUUUGUAAAUAGCGAUCACUGGAGAAAGACGAUUAAAGGUUUGUCAGAGGCUGGGUGUCAUGUUUUUGCCAUUGACUUGUUGGGGUAUGGGUAUUCUAGCAAGCCAAAAAUUGGUUCGACAGAGGCAGAAGCUGUGAAUGGAGAGACAAAUCGGCCGGACGUUGAGAAAAAUGUAGCUUUAGGUUCGUCGGAUGGACGAUCAACACGGAUCAAAGACAUCGACCUCAAGCAUCCUACAAAAAGCCCGUUUAACUUUUACACGUGGAGCUCUUUGAUUACAGAUUUCACGAAGGAAGUGAUUGCAAAGAAUGGAGUUUGUUUGGUUGCAAAUUCAAUUGGAAGCAUAAGUGUGCUGCAGGCAAUAAUUGACAAUCCCUCCCUUUACUGUGGUGCUUGUCUGGUAACGCCAAAUUUUCGAGAGCUACACAGAGCCGAACUUCCACUAUCGAAUCUUGCUAUGCCUCUUAUCCAGAGAGUACAAAAGUUGCUGAGAGAAAACGGGCAGGGCCUAUUCGAUGCGCUCGCAACUCCAAGCACUGUGAAACAGAUUCUCAAGCAACCAUAUAAGGUGCAGGAUGCCAUAGAUGAUACGUUGGUUAAGGUACUGCUUGACCCACUGUUGAUUGAAGGUGCCAGCGAUAUCGUUUUCGACACCUUGUCCUACAGUGCAGGACCACUUCCCGAGCAGCAACUUUCACAGUUUCCAGAGGACAAACCAGUUUGGAUCUGCUACGGAAAGGACGACCCAUGGACCCCGUCUGCACGUGUAGAAGCUCUCAUUUCAAAGCCAUGCGUAAACAAAGUUGUCGGGUGGGAUGGUGUUGGCCACUGCCCACAUGACGAGGCACCAGAACUUGUGAACCCCUUCAUUCUCGAAUUCAUGGCAGAAAUUGGGGCAGUCUCAGGGUUUCAAGCUACUGUCUGUGUUUGA